AUGCCCCUCUACGGUAGUUUGCUGUCAGCCAGACCAAGAAAAACCAAGACGGAAGCCGUCAAGCGAUACAGACACUUAUCGAGACAGCAGCUUAUCGAGCGAGUGGUGCAACUGGAAGCCGAGAAACGGGCGGCCCACAUUCAUCGCUCAGUCGUGCCCCAUGAAUGCCAAUGGAAGGAUUGUCGUGCCGAAUUUCCUGCCGUUGAUGACCUUAUCCGUCACAUCCGUGAAACCCACAUCGGAAGUGGCAAGCCUGUCUACUAUUGCGAAUGGAAAGACUGUCCUCGGCAUGAUAAGCCGUUUAUGAAGCGACAUAAAAUGCAGAACCAUAUGCGCACCCACACAGGGGAACGGCCGUUUGUAUGCACCUUUAGCGGUUGUGCCAAACGAUUUUCUCGUCCUGAUUCCUUGAACACGCAUAUCAAAAUACAUUCCAACAUCCGACCUUACAUCUGCCCUUUUGGAAAUUGCAGCAAAGCGUAUUUCCAUUCUCGAUCGUUGAGGAAGCACACACGUACCCAUCAUCAUCCGCGUGCUAAUUCCGACGUAUCCCAUUCACAACACUAUCUAAGCAACCUUUCUAUGCCAUCCAUGUUUCCUUCCGCAGCAUCGUCCGACGUUCUAGACACAUCUUCAUCAUCCUCAUCCUCAUCGUCUAUUAUGCCUCAUGAAACUACGUUCUCUGUAGGCUAG